AUGCUGUGGAUAGCUGUGAUUGGCCAGUACGGGUUUUUUUCGGACGUGUUACACUUGCAUGCCAAGCGCUUCCGUUCUAACUCCAUUUGUUCUAAUGGAAAAAUGAGUGAUGGUCUUAUAAUGACAACUAACCUCCUAGAGGAUGUAAAAGCUAUAGGUCUAGACGAUGUUGACCCAGGUUCAGUGCUAAGUUUGAGCAAAUCCAACGUAGCUUCAUCCAAUUGUGUAAGUGAUUGUUGUGUGCUACGUGAACCGGGACCUCGUGGAUUGCCGGAGGCUGAAAAGAAAGCUUUAUGA